AUGACCGAUCUACCGGCCCACGCCUCACCAAAGCUGCCCCCGCAAUCACUCCCAAGAGUAGAUCAGCCAAUUGAUAAUACAAGUCAGGGGAGCAGCACAGCAGGCGAAAACACUCCCACUCUACCAGAAUCAUUGCUCUCACCUGCAUUUACCCCACCUGCAACACCCGGCGGUACCUUACAUUUGGAUUUGAAUCCCACAGCAGUCCUCCACCAAAACCAGGCAGCCGAUGUCGAGAAUAAGAGCCAUCAUGCCAAAGGUCCCAAAUUGCUGCCGCGGCUUCCCGAGGUAGAAUGUAUUGUACGGGCGCGGAUCCCGACGACCACCGGAGCGGAGAUGUUCCUGCACCUUUAUCACAACGACUUGGACGGAAAAGAACAUCUGGCCAUUGUAUUUGGAAACAACAUUCGCAGCCGGAGCUUGGACGCUGUCCGGCCAGGAGAGACCGAGAUGGAUCGAAUGAUCCGAGGUGCAUACAUGGGGAAAUUACACCCGGGCCGAGUCAGCAGCCGCUAUGAUGAUCAGCAAGGCGACUCAGUCUCGACGCCCAAGCAGAUCGAACCACCACUGGUGCGAAUUCACUCGGAGUGUUAUACAGGAGAAACGGCGUGGUCGGCUCGGUGCGAUUGCGGCGAACAGCUAGACGAGGCGGCGCGCUUGAUGUCUUUCCCCGUUGAGGACUUUGCCUCCGAUGCGCCGCCAGAGGUUCAAUCACUCUCAUCACAUUCGACAGGUGGUGUGAUUAUCUAUCUGCGACAAGAGGGCCGAGGAAUUGGUCUCGGUGAGAAACUGAAGGCAUACAACCUCCAGGAUCUCGGGUCGGAUACUGUCGAGGCCAACCUUCUGCUCCGGCAUCCCGCUGAUGCCCGAAGCUAUGGACUGGCCACGGCCAUGUUGCAGGAUCUUGGCUGUGGUGUAGACUCUAUCCCUGAGGGGAUCCGUUUGCUCACGAAUAACCCCGAUAAAGUCCGUGCUAUCGAAGGCCCCAAUCGGGAGGUUCUUGUAAAAGAGCGGGUGCCGAUGAUCCCAUUGGCAUGGCGGACUGGCGGUCAGAGAGGUAUCAAGAGCUCUGAAAUUGAGGGUUACUUGAGGACAAAGAUUUCGAAGAUGGGCCACAUGAUUCAAUGA